ACGCUAGGCGCGCUCACUGUUUUUUAAAGAAGCAACAGUGUUUAUAACCUAAACCUAAACUUCAGUUUAAAUUUAGACAAAAUAAAUGUAUAGAAGUGUUAUUAUAUUAAAUAGAUUUAAAAUAAGUAAUUAGAAUAUGUUUUUCUUCUUUUAUCUGUCUUAAAACUUUCUUUUUUUAUAAAGUUUAUAAAGUUCUGACCACGUGGUAAAAUAGUUAACCUGUUCAAAUCUAAGUAGAAAAAUGGCUCGUAAAAAGAAGGGUCGAUGUGUAAAACGGAAUAAUCAGAUAAAUGUGGGCGAGAAGGAAGAGGUGGUGAAAGCACCUCAUUCUUUCGUACUUCACCGUGGUUUGCCAGGGGAACACAUCGUCGAGCUCACUAAGGAUUUCCGCAAAGUUAUGGAGCCAUUUACAGCUUCAUCUCUGAAGGCUCGGAAGAAAAAUUCUAUCAAAGACUUUGUGUCAAUUUCCAGUAUACUUCACGUCACUCACAUGUAUAUAUUUACAAAAACGGAGCUGGGAAUGUAUCUUAAAAUUUGCAAAUUGCCAAGGGGACCCACUCUUACAUUCAAGAUACACAGCUUCUCUCUGGCACGAGAUGUGAUAUCCAUGUUGAAGAAGCAGAUGGUCUACGAAGAAGCCUUCCAAAAUGCCCCACUAUCAAUCCUGAAUAAUUUCUCUGGCGAGGGCAUGCAUCAGAAACUCGUAGCUUCCAUGUUCCAGAAUAUGUUCCCGACCAUAAACUUGACUACUGUUAAUUUGAGCACCAUUCGCCGUUGCGUAUGUUUAAAUUACAACACGACGUCAAAAACUAUCGACUUCAGGCAUUAUGCAAUUAAAGUUGUGCCGGUGGGCCUAUCAAGGGGCGUCAAAAAGUUGGUGCAAGCCAGAAUUCCAAACUUGUCCAAGUGUCAGGACAUUUCAGACUUUUUAACGAAACCGACCAUGUCUGAAAGUGAAGCGGAAGACGAUGAAACCAGUCACGUUACGCUGCCACAAAAAUUAUCCUCGAGAGGAAAUCACGCAAAUUCCAAGAGUGCGAUUAGAUUAUCCGAGUUGGGACCAAGACUGACGCUUCAGUUAAUCAAAGUGGAAAAUGGGCUGCUCGACGGAGAAGUGCUUUUCCAUGAACUUGUGUUCAAAACGGAGGAGGAAAAACUUGCGCUCGAAAAGAGGAGAGAACAGAAGAGGAAAUUGAAAGAAAAAAGGAAGAAGAUACAAGAGCAGAAUAAGAAGCAGAAAGAAGAGCAGAAGCAGGCACAUAAAGAGAAGUCACUCAAGGGAAUUCUAAAGAAAAAGGAGAGUGACGUACUCUUACAAAAAAUUGCAAAAGAAUCAGUCGAAAAGAGCGAGUUAGAGGAAGAUGACGACACGCAAUAUUAUCGUGAAGAAGUCGGAGAAGAACCUGACAAAGACCUAUUCCAAGGGAAAACUGGUACGAAAAGGCCACACAAACACAUAGCGAGAUACAAAUCAAAGAGAGCAAAACUCGACAAGUAAAAUGAAAGAAUUGUAAAACCUGCAAAAUAGUUGUAAUAAAAAAUGAUAUAUUUCAAA